AUGGUCCGCCUUACAGUCUUUACGCUCCUCAGCGCGCUGCUUUGGUCAGUCGCCUCUGCAUAUCCGCAGGCGGUCCUCAGACCUGACGCCAACAAACCCGACUUGUCGACCGAGCCAAUCCCCUUCCCAGAUGUCACCGGUCAAGAGGUGUUGAACAUCACUAGGCCUGACGUCCCUGCGCAGGCCGAGCUAAAGCGUGACGCCAAGACCGGAGCUACUGGAAUUGACCCCAAGACGGGUCUCCCAUUUGCUCCUAAGGGUGCCACGCUCGUUCAAUACAAAGGAUGCAAGUCGCGCGCGUACAGCAUCCCCAUGUUUGUCAACAAGAACUACCCCAUCACCGGUUCCAGUGAUGCUUCUGUCGCCUGGAUCGUCCAGCACGGCUCUGCUCGCAACUUUGACAACUACUUCUCGUCUGUCUACGACAUUGUGCACGAUGAGGGAGUCGUCAUUGCUCCCAACUUUUAUGCUAACACCGAUACCGGUAACAAGGCCAAGUGGUACCAGCCCAAGAAGAACCUCGCCUGGAACAACAACGACUGGUUCAAUGGUGCCGAUGCUGUGGCUCCGGCGGGUGCCGGGCUGUGCUCAUCGUUCGACGUCUACGAUUCCCUCGUCGAGCUGCUUGCCGACAGGACCAAGUUCCCCAACCUCCGCACCGUCUAUGCCGUCGGACACUCUGCCGGUGCCAGCAUGUUGGCCAAGUACGGCAUGCUCAAGCCGUACACCAACUUCCGCUUCGUGCUUGCCAACUCGCCCUCGAUGCCUUACUUUACCGACGCUCGCCCUGACACGCCUACUAACUGCGGCAACUUUACGUCGUGGGGCUACGGCUUUGGCGGAGAAAAGCCGCGCUACGUCAAGCGUCUCGUGCCGCGUUUCCAAAAGAACGGCGUUGGAUAUUUCUACAACUGGAUCAGUCAGGAUGUAACGCACAUGACUGGUACGCUGGAUACCUACAGAGCGGAUCCUACGGGUGAUCAGAGCUGCCCCGUCCAGGCGCAAGGUGGGCGCAACCGUCGCGACCGUGGCUACGCCUGGUGGGCCUACCUCAACCUGCUCGGCGGCACCACCACCGACGUCUCGCAGUUCUACGGCUACGAGGCGUUCAAGGACCAGGGCGUCACCAGCCUCAAUCCGCCCGAGUUUGGCGCCCGUCACUGCGUCGUCAAGGACGUCGCGCACAACAACGUCGCCAUGUUUGCGAGCGCGUGUGGACGGGCUGCUCUCACGGGUGCGGCCGAGCUUCCUCCUGGUCCUGGGCCCAUUAGGCCAGCGUAG